AUGAAUGAACGAUUAGACACAUAGGAUUAAACUGAUAUAAGUAUAUUAGAUAAAGAUAAAAAAUUAAUAAGAAGAAAUCGUUUAAGAUUAGAUAAAUUUAAUCAUCCUAUAAUAAAGGGUGUUAAAGGCAAAAGAAUAGUUUUUCGAGAUGCAAUAGAAGGAAGGAAUUUAUGUGAUAUUUAUUUGGUAUAGAAGUAUAUUGAAAAGAAAGAAUAAAAUAUUAAAUGUAGAUGUGCAUGUUCAAUUUAGUGA